AAUGAGUUUGAGUUCCAUGAGUAGAUAACUCUUGCAACCAUGUUUCCUGACUUGGAUUUUAGCACUCUUGAAUUCUUCAAAGUAGAAUAUUUUUGAGCAUAUCUCACAAUUUCUUAGAUAAAACCACACAAAUUUGGUACCAUUUUGAAGAGUGAAACACACACUUCCAUAGGAAUAAUAUGAUAAUGAAUUUUAGAUUGACUUCGAUGAAAAAAAGUGCCAUCAAACAGAGGCGGCCAUUCAGCCAAUAGAGAAUCACCCAUUUCAGGGAUAAUCAAAAGUAAAAAAGUUAUUUUGUCGACAGUCGAAGGCAUUCAGAAUGGCAGCACAGGACCUUGCUAGGGUACACUCUGAAGAAAGAUACAGGGAAAAAAACUUGCCUACAGUUGUUCACAGAAGUGCCAACUUUUUAUGUAUAAACAAAGGUUAUGAUAUCAAAAUCAACUUUAAUGACCCAGCAGAGAUAACUGUGGAACAGCAGCUUAGGAAAAUGUUUCCCGAGCUUGUUGAUCCGAAAGUAAUGCAUGGAUUCAGAUAUACCCAUCGUUUAGACUUUGCUACAAGUGGAAUUUUAUGUCUGGCUUUGAAUAAGAAUGCAGCAAAGCACUUGUCUUUCCAGUUUCAAUAUAGACGUGUUGUGAAAUAUUACCUAGCUCUGGUGCGCGGACAUGUGAAUGAUGACUUUGUGUUUAUCGAUGUUCCUACUGGAGAUUUACAAGAUGAUGAGUGGCCAGGCAGAAGAUGUGUGUCCACUCACCCGGCUUGCAAAGACCCAAAACUAACACAAACAUUAUUGAUAUGUCUGGAGAAGGGAUUAUUCAAUGGGGCACCAGCCACAAAAGUGGUUCUUAAACCAAUUACAGGGAAACAACACCAGUUGAGAGUGCAUUGUGAUUAUAUAGGACAUACUAUAGUUGGUGACUACACCUACAGUAACAGGCAAGAUACUGAUCCAGACAGAAUGAUGUUACAUUCCCACAGACUUGUUGCUAAUAUGGAUAUAGAGAACUUAGACUUGAUCACCCCGGAUCCAUUUACUCCAGCUCUGAUACAGGGAUGGUCCCCGCAACAAGUAUUGUGUACAUAUCAGGAAGCUGAAAGGCAGGGAAACAUAUUUGACCCAUCUACUAAUAAUGUUAAAUUGGUUAAAAUAAAUAUGUAUGACACCUGAAUA